UCAUUUACACUGAAAUGUGAACAGGUCGGCUUGUAGUGGAAAGUGAAACGACGACGUAAAGUUGAAAAUUCUUACGCGAAGGCGUAUAUUUCAGUCACGAAGAUUUGUGGGGAAAAUUGUAUUUUCACAGUGAAUUCCAUCUUUUCGGGCUGUAUAUUUUAGUGCAACUAGUUAAGUGGACUGUGACCUUCGAUUUGCGCUAGAUUGUGACGAGAAGGAUGGGUAAAUCAAAGAAAAAGUACGACAGCAGCAGUAGUUCUAGCUCGUCCGAUGUUUCGGAUUCGAGUGACAGCUCCAGCUCGGACGAUGUUGAAGUCAAACGGCGGAACAAGAAGAAGAAGAGUAGCGGCAGCCGGAAGCAUAAGAAGUCUGCGGUGAAAACGCACGCCAGCUCUGGCACAGAGCUGGAUUCGGCCAGUGAGCAGUCCAGUGAUGAUGAGGUUAAAGCGGCAGCAGCCGCAGCCGCUUCGAAGAAAAAGCACAAAAAACAUAAGAAACAGAAGAAGGCCAAAAAGCACAAGAAGCAUAAGUCUCGCGCUGGUUCCGAUGAUGAGAAACGGGUAGAGUUGCACGACGAUGAGGAUGAUGAUGUGGAAGAGAUUAUCGAGGUGGUUCCGGAUCGCAGACAUCGGACUAAAUCAGACGACUAUCGAAAGGAGAGAGAUUACGGGUCGUCGCGUGCGACUGGUAGCGAUCGUAGGGGAGCUUCUCCGAUUGAUCGAGAUCGAAGCCGGGGAAGGGAUCGAUCCGCUGCCAGUCAGAGUAUAAAGAGCCAUCCUACCUCGAAGUGGGACAGUCCGGCUGAUGGGGGAGAGUAUCGUCGCAAACGAUCGCAUUCUCCGCGGGAAGCAAGCGGCGGCGGUAGUUUUAGACAUGGACAAAGAGGUGGUUUUGAGGAUUAUCGCAAAGCACCCAGAUCACCACCGGCUCGCGAUUCACCUGUGCGAGACUAUGAACGGGGCCGGCAGCAGCAGCAUCAUGGCCGAGGUGGUGGUGGUGGUGGAGGAGGUCGGGGUCGCUAUGAGGAGCGUCAUUCUUCUCCGCCAUCGAUGCCACCGCAGCAUCAAGAGCGAAGGUGGGGCGGCGAUCGGUACGAAGACGAUCGACACGGAGGUGGCGGUCGGGGAGAUGAUUUUAGAAAACCUUCGCCCCGGCGAAGAUUUGACAAUGAGGAACGAAGAUUCGAGGGUAAUAGACGGGGAUCUCAUCAGCAUCAUCAACAGUCGCAGCCUAGAGAGCGGUACGAGGAUUAUUCCGGUCGUGAUCGUAACCCGCGAGACCGGCCUCCGCGUAACAAUGAUUACGAAGAUCGUGGGGGUCCGCCCAGAAGGCGUAAUUCAUCUCCGAUGGGAGCACCGCCGCCGCCACGAGGCGGACGCGAUCGCAGUCCUAUGCAGCAAGAAUAUCGCGGUGAUUUUGGUGGAGGCCGCGGAGGAUAUCGUGAUCGUUACGACGGUGGUCCACCUCAGCACUCCCAGGAUCGGGGAGGACGCUUUGGUCGACGUGGUUUCGGAGGCCGCGGGGGACGUGGCGGUCCCGGUGAUCGUGGUGGACGUCGUGGUGGUUUCUAUGGGGGCGGUAGUGGUUCCGAUCGUAGUUUUGGAUCCGAUCGAGAAAUGGAUAAUCGAAAACCCCCGGGAAAUGCGGGUUGGGGAAGAAAAUCUCCGCCACCCUCACCGAGGGGAUCACCGUCUCGGUCGAGAUCGCGCGACCGUAGUGAAUCGGAUCGAAAUGGGGCCCGUGGCCAUCGAGGUCGAAUAAGUUCGCCAUUACUGCCAUCGGUGAAAGUGGAACGUCGCGGAGCGUCACGCAGUCGCAGUCGUAGCCCACUAGGGGGAACGGCUCCACUGCCGCAGCGGCAACGCAAGUUUCCCCGUAAGGAGGAAAAGGAUGACGGAGCGGAGUACGAUUGGGGUGGCGGCAAGCGGAAGCAGCAGAGCCGGGAAUCGGGGUUCCAACGUGACAGCAGCGAGGAUUCCUCCUCGGACAAGAAACCCCCGGAGGAAAAAGAGAAACCCAAUUUUGCCCUAUCCGGCAAGCUGACCGAGGAAGCGAACAAAGUAAACGGGGUCGUAAUCAAGUACGCCGAACCACCGGAAUCACGCAAACCGAAGCGCCGCUGGCGCCUAUACCCGUUCAAGGGUGAACAAGCUCUGCCGACGUUGUACAUCCACCGGCAGAGCUGCUAUCUGAUUGGGCGCGAUCGGAAGGUGUGCGAUUUGCCGAUCGAUCAUCCGUCCUGUUCGAAGCAACACGCGGCUCUGCAGUACCGGCUGGUACCGUACGAUCGGGACGAUGGAACAACUGGCAAGCGGGUUCGGCCAUACAUCAUCGAUCUGGAAUCCGCCAACGGGACGUUUGUGAAUAACAAAAAGAUCGAGACAAAGAAAUAUGUCGAGUUGCUGGAGAAGGACGUGCUCAAGUUUGGCUUUAGUUCGCGGGAGUAUGUGCUGCUUCAUGAGAACAGCAAGGAGGACGAGGAGGAUGAUGAUGUAGUGGAUGAUAAAGGACCUGGUAACACCAGCAACGGAGGAGGUGGCAAUGCGCGUAGUAAACGCGAACAGAGCGAGUAAUUCGCAAAGCAGAUUUAUCAUACAAUAACGGAACAUAUGCAGCAAGCAGCCAUUGUAUGUGCGUUUAAGCAGUGUUGAAAAAGUUGCACACCCCUACCGAGUAGCGGCAGCCAGCUGCCGGGAGAUUAAAAUUGUUUUAUCGAUUGGUUACGAGGCACGAGUAGACGGUGCAACAUCUAAUUAAUCCAGCUAUUGAAAACUAUUGCAAAUAAGAGGAGGAUGCGCUACAGCAUGUAGUAGAAGAAGUAAAAACAAGCAAAAUAGUGUGUAUUUGCAUAUUUAGACAAACAAAGGAUAUAAUAAAGUAUCGUAUGCGUACCCAACCAA